GAAAUACUUAUAAAUUUGCCAUUGAUAUGAUCUGCUGUCAUUUUGCAUAACGACUUGUGAUGAAUCGGGGUCCACCGGAAAUCGGUACACAUGACAGCGCUUCUUCUGUAGCUUGGAGAUUUGGAGAGCGUCGAUCCAGUGUCGACAGGGAUGUCGGAUAGCCAGCGAUCAGGAGCGAACUCUCUCCGUCAAUAUGAAAAUGCUAGCGUUUUUAAAGAAUUCUAGAGGAAACUUUAACAAGCACAUGCAACAUUUCGGGAAAUUUCAAAGUGAUUUGGCGUUAUUUUGACGUCAUGGCACUGCUUAAAAGUUGCAUUGUAAUUAUGUUGGCAUUUCUGUAUUGUCAAGGCAAUGAUAUUGUGGCUGUUAUUGAGCAAGACGUGUAUAAUUUUCACUUCCGGACAUUUUAUUUGUCAGUCGAACGACCGGAAGUGAACGUGACCGGAACCAUUUAUCCGACAUAUACAGGUAUUCACGACCAACUCCGUGGUAUGUGUUCUUACCUUACGCAGCACCAAACUCUCGCGGUGUUCGUAGUGGGGAAUCAGGAGUCUAUUGAUAUCGUUUCUAUGGUAACGAACGUCCUUGGGAUACCGACCUUGGCUUACAUGAAGGAAUCGAAGACGGUAUAUGAAAAGACACAAAAAGACCAUCUGUUGAUACUAGGUCAUUCGUAUCAGGAAACAGCCCGGGCAGUUUUGACCUUCUUCAAGCAGAAUUUUUGGUUCAAAUUCCUGGUCAUUGUGGAAGAGGGGGCGCUUCACGACAGAUUCUUCGAUGAAAUAAUAUCUCAGAACCACACAGAGCUUUGGAAUAUAUCUCUACUGAUCGUCAGAAAGACGGUUGCUCCCGAGGUGUUACAAAUGCAAAUAUGCGGAGUUAUAAAAGAAAAUAUGAUCGUUCUUCUCCACACGGAUCCUGUCAUGGCAAUGGCAGUUUUUUCCUCACUUCCAUGUCCAAAUCCAUACCAAUCCAAUAAAAUUAUGUGGUUUGUUACCGAAAAGGGUUAUACCCAAAAUGCAUCUUUGAUAAAGUUUUACCCACCAGGUUCUCUUGUGUUAGUGCCGAACUGUGUGACGUCAUUAGAUGACGUGAUAACAGACAGUGUUUCGUAUUUAAACUCCGUCAUUCAAACAGCCUUUCCUGAAUAUAUUUUGCUAAAUGGUAUUCAGAAAACCUGCUUCAACGCAUCGCAUCGUAACCAGGCAAUAGAGAAGAGACUAUAUAGACAUUUUAGGACCUCCAAGUUUCAAGGGUUUUCCAUCAAUUUUGAGUUCAAUUCGGAUGGUUACCUUGCGAAUCAAAACUUCAAAAUAAAGACACUGAAAGUCGACGGAGGUAGAUCUGUAUGGGAGGAAAUUGGCUACGUCCGCGGGGAGAAAGUACGUCCACACGGAAUCCUUUGGCCUUUGGAACCAGUCUUGGAUCUUCGAAAUGACCGUGUUCGAUACCGCGUGGUGACCAAUCCCGUCAAGCCUUUUGUAAUGGUGGAGGACGGUGUAGAGGACGCUCAUCAAUGCGUUCAAAGCACACGCUGUAUCAAAAUUCUUGUAUCUGAUAAGAAUGAGACUUUGGAUAUCAUCCAGAAUUAUGAAAAUAACAAGGUGACAACUGGGUACGAGCUGAAAUGUUGUCGCGGGUUCGCCAUAGAUCUUCUAAACAAACUGGCAUCCGAUCUUGAAUUUGAGUAUGUGUUGUAUAUUGUCCAUGAUACGACUUAUGGGAAAGAAAUCAACGGGUCAUGGAACGGGAUGGUGCGGGAUCUGACCAAUGGCCUUGCUCAUAUGGCAAUAGCGGCGUUCAGUAUCACCGGAAAUAGACUGCGCGCAAUUGACUUCUCCUAUCCGUAUUAUUUUUCACGCUUCACUGUUCUAUACACACAGCAGAGUCAGAAGACAUACAUGUAUGCAUUCCUCGAACCAUUUUCACCAGAAGUUUGGGGUACAAUCUUUAUUAGUGCCAGUAUAUCUGCAGUGGGCAUGUCAGUGUUUGAAUGGAACAGUCCAUUCGGGUUGAAUCCCUGGGGCAGGAAGCGGAAGCAGAAUUACACCCUGGGAUCGGCGAUGACAAUGGUCUAUUCCUUGCUGUUCGGACAUACGGUCAGUACGAAAUCUCCAAAGUCAUGGCCGAGUAAGGUGCUCCAGAAUUUUUGGGCAUCUGCCUGUAUUUUUAUCAUCGCAAGCUACACGGCCAACUUGGCCGCAUUCCUCGCUGGAAAACACAGCGGGAUUGACUACAACAGCGUUUUUGACUCCAGACUAAUGGAAAUCAGAGUAGGAGUUCUCGGAGGAAGCGCAGUGGAGGCCCUGACAAGCAACAUCAACAAAGCGCUUUACCACAGGAGUCAAAAGUACCUAGUACCCACGACAAACGAUGCCAUUAAUUUGUUGAUAAAUGGUCAAAUUGACGCCUACCUGGGAGAUUACCCCAUCCUCGACUACGCUCGUGUGAAGCUGGACCCGACCUGCAACCUUUACAUCGUCCCGCAAUCUUUUGGUGAGGAUGAGUAUGGAAUAGGUUUCCCUAAAGGUUCUCCGCUUCAGAAACCAGUAUCAGAGAAAAUUCGGCAUUACCAUGAGUCUGGUUAUCUGGAGAAUUUGAUUGACAUCCACUUUGACGAGGAGAAAUGUUUCAACCAGGGCAUUAACCAACAGAGAUUCAGCCUGACCGUCUUCCACCACAGCGGGCUUUUUGCACUCCUGUCAAUCGCAAUCGUAUGUUGCAUUAUUUUGGUCCUUGUAGAACACCUAGUCUUCAAGUUCCUCCUACCUGUGUGUCGCAAACAACCAGAUGACAGUUUCUGGAAAAGCCUCAAUAUCAUGUUUUUUAGUCAGCGCCUGCAUCGCUGCAUUAACAGCGCUGUUCUGAUUUCCGCUCAGGAGUCCGCCAAGGAGAUGUUGGGAAUAGUUAAAAAGGGCGACUUCUCCAAACUCUUUAUGAAGAGCACCAUCAGAAAAAACAGGCUGGCAGAUAUGGCAAAAACCAAGAGAAUUAAUCGAAAUUUUCUGGACAUCGUGGAGAAAGCUAAAUGGGUGAACGACAUGAAAUCCACCAGUUUAAUUCAUGACGACUCACCCAAUGAGCCUGUUGAUAUCACAAGACUUUCACUUCGUAACCUCAGCAAUUGUGUCAACCUCGAGGCUCUGCGAUCGCAAUGCCAGAGCCCAAUGCCAAAAGUGGACUCUGUUAGAAGUUAUGAUGACAGCAAAGAGUGCAGUGAUAGUGGGAAAGAAGAUAUGACGACACCUUCCGGUUUGGAGAGCAUUAGUGAGAUUGGGACGUCUGAUAGCAAAUACGAUAUGUGGUAUGUUCCCGGCAAACUUGCAGCAGACGAUCACCCGCAGUGCGAUAAGGCAGAGUGCAGUGAUGUUGAAUCGUAUUAUGAAAGACAAUUUAACUCGGCACUAUGUUCUUUCAACAGAAGUGAAUCAAACUGCAGUAGUGAUACGUACAAGGACGAAGCUUUAGGUGCCUGUCAUGGCGGAGACAGAGAAAUAACAUUUUGUGAAGUGCCAUCUCCAUUUACAGAACGUACGCCAUCUGAUUACAAUAACUUGGGUGCAUUUUCUGUAAACGAAACAGCUGACCUUGAUGAUGACCGAUGCAAUGACUGUAUCAGUGAAGAGACAGGGCUGUUAAAGUGGAAUGAAGAGAGAGAAAAUUCGAGUCAAAGAUUGAAACGUACUGCAGACAAUGAAAUAUUAACACAUUCUAUGCAAUAUUCACAAACAGAUCUCAAUAACUUAAAAACUCAGGGCGUUCGUGCACUGAACGUCUCCACAGCACAUUCUCCGAAUGUCGAUCACUUGAACAAAGAGGAGUUACUUAGUUUGUGGAAGUCUUCAGAAUUACAGUUAAAUUUUUUAUUGCAGAACACGUUAAGGGAAAAUAUAGACCUCAAAAAGACUGUAUCAAAACUACGUAGGCGAUCUAAAACGGACAAGGGAAGCAGAAAUCAUUCUGAAAAGGGAACAUAACACGAAGAUCUUCCCGAAAAUUUGCUCAAUAUCAUUGUUAUAUUGUUAUUUUAUGUUAAAGAGUCAUAAUUUAAAACGAAAGAAAACCCCCCACAUGUGAUGAAGAAUUUAGAGAAGACGGAAUAAGGUCAGAGGUUAUGAGUCAAAAUUACAUUGUCGUUUAGUAGGGAAUAAAUGUCAUAGGUCUAACUUCAUGAUCAAGAAAUAUGGCACAUAGUAUGGUAUGUAUAUUUCUACACGAGGAACGUUGGGUUUAACCGAAAGUUUAUAAAAACCCCUAAAAUAUUACCCUAUUUUCCGUAUACAGCAAAAACCUCUUAAUUGAGUAGUUUUUGUAUGUUUACCUGCUAAUUUCAAGAUACUAAUAAUUAUGCCUGAUGGACAUUUUUCUACAAUUUAAUUCAACGUAAUUAACUACAAUAUUUUUGGUUAAGAAAAGAAAGUUAUGAUACAAUUUGAAUUCUGACAUAUCUCCUGAUAGACGGUUCUAUAAUUUAGUGAUAAUCGUGUUACUACUCUUUAACGUUUAUUAAAGCUGCACAGUCCGA